AUGGGCCUGCUAAUUUCAGCGUGCGUCGCGUCCGCCGCCCGGGCCCGCCCGCUGAUGUAUGGCUUCGGCUGUGAAAUGAUGACUGCGCCCGACGCGCGCUCACGGCCCGCGCGCGGCGCUGGCCUGAGUCAGAGCGGGCGGCGAGCGGCGAGCGCCGAGCCACAGGAAAUGAUGCCUUCGCGGGGCGGCCACGCGCCGCGUGCGCCGCAUUGCGUGCGCAGCAUGGGCGAGCGGCGGCCGCCCGUGCGCGCGUGCCUGCUGCUCCUCGCCGCGCUCUUGCCGGCGCUGGCCGCCGCCCAGCCCGUGGGCGCGGACCGGUCUCAGGAAGAGGAGUUGCCGGCGGACCGCUACUUCGCCAACGACUCGCUGCUGGAGCAGCCCGUCUCGUGCAGCGACGAGGAGAAGGAGUGUCUGCGCUACAACCGCCUGCUGCUGCCGUCGCACGGGCGCUGCUAUGCGCUGGGGCAGAAGGUGGGCGGCUGCCGCAUCGCCGUCGACCGCUGCCUGUGGGAGCGCGAGGGCCAGCUGCGCGCGGAGUGCGCGCCCACCGACCUCUGCCGGCCGCUCAACGCCAACAAGGUGCGCAUGGCGUUCGACGGGCGCUGCCUCAAGACGCGCGAGGUGCUGGGCGCUCGCGACGGCAUGCGGGACGGCGUGCGAUACGCGGCGCGGGCGCUGCUCCCGGCCGCCCUGUGCGCGCUGCUGCCUCUGCUGCACCCGCGCCUCGCCUCCCCGGCGCCCACCACCCACGUGCCGCUGCGCAACCCCUACGCCACGCCGCCCGCGCCGCACAACUACUUCGCCAACGACUCGCUGCUGGGGCAGCCCGUCGCCUGCACCGACGAGGAGAAGGAGUGCCUGCGCUACAACCGCAUCUACUCGCCGCUGCUGGAGCGAUGCUACGCGCUCGGGGACGGCCCCAACCGCUGCCGCUGGGCGGUCGACCCCUGCGCGUACGAGCGCGCCGGCCACCUCCGGGGCACGUGCGCUGCCUCCGACCUCUGCACGCCCUACUCCCGCGACCACUUCAAGAUGGCGUUCGACGGGCAGUGCGUGGAGAUCAGCCGGCUCCAGGAGGUGUGCGGGCCCGAGCCGGUCAACAUCGUGCCGCACUUCUUCGGUGACUCGGAGUGCGCCCGGCCGCAGCUGCUAGCGCCCGACAGCCCGGUGUACGUCUCGCAGCCCGAGGAGCGGGGCCGCUGCGCGUUCCCGAACCUCCGCCACGACCUGACGGCCGUCGUGGCCGACAGCCACUUCCGGGAGUGCAGCGAGGAGCAGAGCGUGUGCUUCGCGGAGCAGAAGGUGUGGCUGAACGCCACCCGGCGCUGCUACGGCCUGUUCGAGGAAGAGCCGUGCGGCAGCGGGUCGCGGGUGGUGCUGGACCGCGAGGCGUGGGAGGCGGGCGCCGUGGAAGCCACGUGCGCGCCGCUCAACCCCUGCGCCAACCUGUCGGCCACGCACCGCCUCAUGGCGUUCGACCGCCGGUGCUACGCCGCCGCCGCCGUCCUGCGCGCGCUGUGCCCGGGCGGCGUGCUGCUGCCCAACGCCUUCGGCGAGAUGGCGUGCGCCACGCGCGACUACUAUCGGCACGUGAUCGAGUUGCGCAGCGUGCGGCCGCGCGCGUGCGAGCUCACGCACCGCGUGGCGCACGACCAGCCGCCGCCCGGCACGCGGGCCAUGCCCGAGUCGUAGCCCUCCUGUGACCCGAGGAAGUCAGCUCUCAGCCUCUCCGACGCGCAGCGGCCUUCGCUCCCCCAGGCAGGCGACCCCUGACCAGCAGCCGAGAUGGCGGCCUUCGUCGCGAAGCAGAUGGUCGGCAACAAGCUGAACGCCGUCAAAGG